UUUCUUUUAUUAGAGCCAAAGUAGAAUCUGUAAGUAAAUAAUCAGUUAUUCACGUAAUUUAUUUUAUUCACGAGUAAUCCUGCUAAAUUAGAAAGUUUUUUUAUCGUAUCAAAAAGGUAAGUUGGAUUUUGGAAUUUAGAAAAAAAAACUUGACAGUUCAGACAGAUAAGAAUUUUGACAUAACCUUUCAUGCUAGUUUUUGCUAGAAAAAUUAACAGAAAAUUGAACGUUUCGUGGCACAAAUGGCAUCAUUAACAGCGUAUUCAGUGGGCCGACUGGCAAGAUACGUGACAGAGUCGACAUUCCGCAAUUUACGCUCGAAUGUCUACAGGAGUACCACCCGUGGCUACAGCACAGAAGAGAAAGCCAAAGAGGAGAGCAGUGAAAAGCUGCCAACCACCAUAGAAGAAUGCCAUAAGCAGCUAGAAACUCUCACCGGAGAGCUCAACACUAUUAAGGCACAGGCCAAAGACUAUGAGGACAAAUACAAGCGCGCACUCGCUGAAGGCGAGAAUGUUCGCCGGCGUAUGGUCAAGCAGGUUGAGGACGCCAAGUCCUUCGCCAUACAGAGCUUCUGCAAGGACCUGCUUGAUGUAGCUGACACAUUGUCAGUGGCAGCAGAGAGCGUCCCUGAGAGCGCUCUGGGCGAGGGCGGCGCGGAGGGCGCGGCCGCGGCGCUGCGCUCGCUGCACGACGGCGUGCGGCUCACCAGGGCCAUGCUCACGCAGGUGUUUACCCGACACGGACUGGUGGUCGUGUCACCUUUGAGAGAGAAAUUCGACCCCAACCUCCAUGAGGCACUUUUCCAGCAGGAAGUGGAAGGUGCAGAACCCGGCACUGUGGUCGCCGUCUCCAAAGUUGGAUACAAACUUCACGAGCGCUGCGUUCGUCCCGCACUCGUUGGCGUGGCUAAAGGCUCCUCCUAGUGUACCGAGUAUUCGAAGAUGACACCUUACAAGAAAUAUCAAGGUCAUACACGGCUUUAGUUUCUUAAUUUGUCUUUUCUGUUCCCGAAAUAUAAGAACUACUACCCAAUUUGUCUAAAUAUGAACUAAAAUUAAUAACAGUUGGAUUGGCCAUGACCAAUUCAACUGUCAUUAAUAUUCAUGGGCGUAGGCAGGGAUGGCAGCUUAAAGCUCAAAAUUUACAUACAAUGUAUGCCCCUCUGCGGGGUCCCCCCCCCUCUUGUUCACUGGCUGGCGACGCCCUUGUUAAUUUUAGUAUCUGUAAUAAAACAUACAUACAUGUUUUAACAUUCCUGACAACAUACCAAAAACAACCUACGUAAUUUGGGCGGGUUAUUUUUGCCCACCUUUAAACCAUACUAAAAUUUACGGUGGGGAAUAAAAACAAUAAUAACGCUUUCUCUGCUACUCCUACUGAAAGAUACAUAAGACUAUCCCGUUCUGUCAGUUCCCCUCAUGCCCAAUCCAUACCACAGAAUAAAUAAUAGUGCUACCGUACAGAAAUGACACUUCCUACAAAACCAAAGUGUGAAAGCGAUUCAGGGCCGAAUCAUGCUGUCCCUUUCUAACCUAUGGCAUCCCGUUCGGCUAUUUCGGGUUGUCAAAAUUUAAGCCAUCUUAUCUGUGGUCGUGCACGCAAAGGGACGUCAAGUUGUGCCAACCCUAAUAAUUGCUCGGAACAAUGCUGAGCCGAACGGAGCCGAGGAUGCCCGAAAGGAGUAUCGCCCCACUGGCAGUAGUAUUAGCUUUUGUGAACAGAAGAGGCAACUUUAUUUAACAUGUAUAUGACCCAUCACCGUUGGCCAGUGUUAGUUUGAUGCUGAUCUGUCACCUGGCAUUUGUCUGUCAGUCAUCUGUCAUCUGACUUUUGAUUGGCAUUGCUAAUGUAAAACCAAAUUGCAUUUACUUACUUAACUGAAAUGCACUUUUUUAUUUACAACCAUUUCAAAUUUAACUCAUAAGUUAAAAUUAAUUCGAAUACCAAGUAAAACAUUUGCACCACUAUAAGCUGACUGCAAUUUUUGUUCGUAAAGACUUUCGUCUUUAACAUUGCUAAAAAUAUCACGCACACACAUCAUUGCCAGUAGAUUUGUGCGAAAGCAAAUAUAUAUUUUUUCAUGUAGAUUCUCAUUAUAUCAUAUCAUAAAGUCACGCAUGCGCCAACUUGAUUGGUACAAGCUAGGAAACAUAAACAUUGUAGUAUGAAGGUUACUUACAGUGUACGCCAAGGGUCAACAGGCGGACCGCGGUCCAGAUCUGGACCGCCGACCUAUUUUUUUUGUUUAUUUGAUAAACUCAAGUAGAAACGGACCGCGAUGGUAAUUUUAUUUUAAGAACCGGACUCUUAAAGAAACUAAAAGUAAUUACUGUAAUUAGUGACCCCUGGGUACAUUUUUCGAACGGUAUUUAGACUAAUAAUAUUAGUCCACGAACUGGGCCCCAUUUCUCAAACGAUAUUAGUCUAAUAUUAUUAGUGGGUUGCCAUGGUAACCGACACGAUUUGACAGUUCGUGGACUAAUAAUAUUAGUCUAAUACCGUUCGAGGGAGUCAGCCCCUGUUCGAGAAAUGGGCCCCUGGUAUACGCCAUAACGCUUAUACGCGUUCUUGGCGUUAUGGAUACGAUAAAUUACUAUAUAUGAUUGUCCGUUCGAAGAAGAUUUCACAGAUGGCGUCAGCAUGUUUUACCUGUAAAUCCUGCGAGUAUUGUCAAAUUCUAGUUUUUUUAUGGCCUCCUAAAACAUAACUCCGCAAGCAUCUUCUGUCAGAAGAAUUCAAAUAAUGUUCUCCAUCUAGUAAUAUGUAUUAGUUUAUCUUUUGUAUAUCUUAUAAGUAAUAGUAUUUGGUCAUAGUUUUGUAGGUUUAUUUUUAUCAUGUUUAAAUGUAUGUAUAAUAUUUUGUUUUUCGGUUAAAUAAUUUAUGAAUAUCUUCUGCACCAACAUAUAUGUCUCUGUUUGACCCAAUUGUUGACUGGUAGAGAAUGCCUUUUGGCAUUAAGUCCGCCAUUUGUACAUUUUUCUUUGUUUGUGCAAUAAAGUUUAAAUAAAUAAAUAAAUAGAGGCAGGUAAAACAUGCUGGCGUCAUCUACAAAAUCUUUAAAAGUUUGCCAACUCAAUUUCAACCAUUUUAAAUAUUACGCGAAACUCUGCGUAGGGGGCGCCACUACCACAAUCCAUCACAAUCUGAGGGUCUACCGCGAAACAAGAAAAUCGAAUAUUCGUUAUCUAACCUCUCUAUCACUCUUGCAUAUUCGAGCGAUGAAGAGGCGGAUAACUCAAUUUCGAUUUUCGCGUUUUCCGGUAGGCCCUUUGUAAACCAACCGGCUUGAUGCAUCAAUAUCGUAAUUUAUUAUCUGUGAAAAUUUGUCAAAAAUAGUUUAGGGCACAGUAUGUAUAAGUUACUCUAUGGUUUACGAAAGGUGCUAGUGCUGCACUCUGGCGGCAGAACAUUGCAGCAAUACUCCCUAUUGAAACAGUUUUAUAUUUGUUGUUUCGGUCGAUUACAAAACGGAAGAAAUUGAACCAUAAUUCUUAGUUGAAUUCAAAUUCAACUGCUAAUAUUUAUUUUAUGAUGGACCUUAAAUGUCUAAGGUUUCUUGGCAUUUUAACUUGUGAGUGAAUUUUCUGUAUGACUAGAAGGGAUUAUGGCUAUAAAUGAUAUAUUAUUAUAUUUGUUUUACAAAGGGGCAAAGUUACUGUUAACCACUCAUACUAAUAUUGAUACCCGAGCAAGCGAAUAGCUCCAAAGUUGCGAGCGUUGCGAGGGUGUCAAGGCACGAGGGUUUAACAAACUUUGCCUCCGAGUGAAACAAAAAUUUUCACCACACCAACUCGAGGAAAAUCCUGACUGUAAAAUAUCAUACAAUUGGACGUUAUUAACAUUUUUCAUUAAAACUCAUCAUUUAAGUCAAAAUUACCAGCCAACAUAAGGAAAACAACUAAAAAUUUGCAUUAGAUUACUUUUCCCCACGUGUGGAUAAAAUGAAACUUUCUUAUCAGUGUUUGAACAAUCAAGAGAGCCAAUCAGUUGGUGUGGUGAAAAAAAUGAAAGUUUUUGAGUAUCAGAAUCCCUUUUGUUUUAACUAGAAUGUAUUUGUAUGAUAUUUUUGUUAUGAUUAGGCGUAGAUUUAGAAUUCCAUGAUGUGUCUGAGGUGGCAGUUGUUGUUUAAAUAAAUGGAUUAUAUUGUUA